UGCAGAAGGGCCGUGCUUCCACCUCUCUCCCGGAUCUGUGUGACCAGCCUGCUGCUAUGGAUGCACACCGGAGCUCCCUGCCUGCAGCCCUCCUGCUCUGCCUCUUCCUCUGGGAUAUCCCCUGCUGCCAGCAGGCAUCCAUCCCCAGCCACCAACAGCAGCAGAGGGCACUGAGAAGGCACCGCAGAGAUAGCACGCUGCCCCCAGCAGCCAGCCGGGCAGUGCCAGUGGUGCCCCACGACUACAUGCUGUCCAUUUACAGGACUUUUUCUGCAGCUGAAAGACUUGGGAUCAAUGCCAGCUUCUUCCAGUCUUCCAAGUCUGCCAACACCAUCACUGGCUUUGUGGACAGGCACCGGGACGAUCUCUCCCACUCUCCUGCUAGAAGACAGAGGUAUUUGUUUGAUGUGUCCACGCUGUCAGACAAAGAGGAGCUGGUGGGAGCUGAAUUGAGGAUCUUUCGGAAAGCUCCCAUGGAGCUGGCCAAAGCCCCUUUGGGGCUGUACCACCUGCAGAUAUCAUCCUGCACAUCCCAAGCCCCAUUGGAUGCCAGGACACUGGACCUGCGGGAUACUAUUUUGCCUGGCUGGGAAGUGUUUGAUGUGUGGAAAAGUCUGCACAGCCUGAGCGCAGCCAGAAAACAGCUCUGCUUGGAGCUAAAGGCCACAUCAAGCACCUCUGGGUUGGAGGUGAAUCUAAGGGGACUAGGCUUGGCCAGGAAACCUAAGUCCUAUCAGGAAAAAACACUUUUAGUGGUGUUCACAAAGUCCAAAAGGAAAAAUCUCUAUAAUGAGCUAAAGGAACAGGUCCAUUCAGCCAAAGGUUGGGAAAAAGAAGCCAAAUUUCAAUUUAAAACCAAGAGAAAGAGAAGGACAACUUUUAAUAGUCGUCAUGGCAAACGACAUGGAAGGAAAUCUCGAGUGAGGUGCAGCAAAAAACCACUCCAUGUGAAUUUUAAGGAAUUGGGAUGGGAUGAUUGGAUUAUAGCCCCAUUAGAAUAUGAAGCCCAUCACUGUGAGGGUGUCUGUGACUUUCCUUUGAGGUCUCACCUGGAGCCCACAAACCAUGCCAUUAUCCAGACACUAAUGAACUCUAUGGACCCAGGAUCUACCCCUCCAAGCUGUUGUGUGCCAACAAAAUUGACUCCUAUCAGUAUUCUAUACAUUGAUGCGGGUAAUAACGUGGUCUAUAAACAAUAUGAAGAUAUGGUUGUAGAGUCUUGUGGCUGCAGGUAGCAGUGGGUUUAGAUGUUCUCAGUGUCAUAGUAGAAUAUGAUGGAGAAUAUAAGAGAACUCAAGGACAAGAGAGGGCUGGCCCAGGACGGAGUUGGGUAAAACUUCAAUAAGUGAGAGUGAGUAGUAACCUGUGCCUGGCAUGCCCCUUACCCUAGCAGGAUUUAUCAUUGGCUGCAAACUAGGCACUACUGGUCAGUGAUGGCAUUGCAUGGACUGUGCUGCUCACAGACAUUUUACAAGCAAAGCAAUUUGAUUCCUCCAAUAGGGUGAACAAUGCCAGCUGCUUACAACAUAAUUUAGGUCAUAUUUUUAGAACUUCACUGAAAGAAAUUGCAUUAUUAUCUGAUCCUUCAUUUGGAAUGGGGUUGUAUAGAUGAAUUACUGGUGGUAUCAAACGUUCAAGAAAAUAGAUUUAUUGGGGAAUGAGUGGUCUGAUUACAGAUCUGUACAAGGUUCAGGUUACAGAACUGGUCAAUGUAGGUGGAGGGGAUGUUAUGGUGGUAUGGUCAAUGUAGGUGGAGGGGAUGUUAUGGUGGUACUUUGUCAAAACCCUCCAUCCUCCACUUAAAAAACAAACAAAAAACAAAUCUGCUAGACCCAAAGCCAUACAAACCCAGUAGAGAGGGUCACGUCUGGAUAGCAAAGGAUUAUGUUGCUAGCUUGUCUGUUGAUUUUUGGAGUGUACACAAGAUGCAGUGACAGGCACCUGUUCAAACUGAGUCCAUUUAAGAUUACAGGAAAGCAAUAGUUUGUCCUUUUCAUGGGCUGGCAUGCGGAGAGUAAUGGAGGCAGUUAACCAGAGAGGCCCCAAUAAAAGUUUUUUUCUGAAAUUCCCGCUACCUUCUUUAUCACAGAGCUAUGUAAUGGUAUGUGUUGCUUCUAAGGGGGGUGUAAUGUGCUGUGCACAAUACCUGGACCAUGAAGAGUAAAUAGGAAGGGGGUGAGGUGACGAGGGUCGGUGGUGGUAGAAGUGAGGUAUCCUAUGGAGAAUUUGAGAUUGAGAAAGAAUCAGAAGAGUAAUAAACUAAAUAAUGAGGGAACAUAUUUCAAAUCAAACUCUCGUGAAGUAUACAUAGUGCAAUUAUGUUCAUCUGUGAGCCACAUCUUUCAGUUUUCAGCCACUUAAAUGAAAACUCCACUUUAUUGGGGGGUUUCUUUUCAUAUGCAAAAUAGAACCAAUUUAUCUAUUUCACAAAUAUAACUACUUUCCUAACUUCAAUCGUUUGCUAGAUACAUUCUCUAGUAGAGUGCACAUUGGUUGGUCCUCUUUUUCAACUUCCUCCAUCUAUUGUGAGCCAUUGACACGGAAUCAAUGGUACAUCCAGCCCACACCUGUGUAGUGCGGUCAAGUCUUUGCUCUAUCUUUUUAAAAAUUCCGGUGAUGUUGGUGAGAUAACGCGUCACUUGGUCCAGUCAUAGCUAGAGGGCUCAAGACCAACAACCCAUCAAAGAUGAACAUAACUGCAGGAGACAUAAGGGCCUAGACACACUGUAGCAGAGAGUUUAUCUUGAAAACAAUACAGUAUAUUAUAAGGGCCAUAUUUGACACCUAGUACAUGCUUUGUUUUGUAUGCCAAACAUAACAGUUAUAGGAUUUCUUCUCUCCUAACCCUGGUAAUCUGGGUGAAUAAAUUAUCUUUCUUUGAAAAUGACCCCUAUUGGAAAAACCGCUGGAAAAGUACAUUUGGGAUCUUUAUUAAAUGUGCAUAAACCCUCAAACUGAUCCCAUUUGUUAAAACUCCAGGUUGAACCAAAUUGCCAAGCCAGAGAAAUAAAAAUAUUAUUGAAUUUAAGACUUAUUAUAGUAGACAAUUUUAAAUGUAACCACCACCUGUUGCACUUCCUUAUCGGGAUUAUGGAGAUCACAAGCCACAUAGGCUUUAAGUUGAGCCCUACAUUGGCUCAGCCGCCUGAUCUAAUAAUUUUGCCAAUUUGGCCCUCAACAGUUGCAAUAACGAGAGCAGAAAAUGAGGCCAUCACCCAAUAUCACAUGGAAGUAGGUUCGGGGAGUAGAACACUAUAAUUAAGGUAAAAAAGGCGGAUGUGUUUGGUUGAUAAAUAUGGUUGGUUGAUAACAACAUGCAUGUGGAUUCAAUUGCCAGUGCUUAAAUAGUAGGGUGAUAUGUGCUGCCAAUUUGCAUUAAAAACCAUUAGUAGUCCAGUUGUAAUCAUUGUAGCAGAUACCUUCAAUUAGUACCUUCCCCACAAUGUGGCUGUAUGCGUCACAUAUUUGAUUGGACUAAAAUAAACCAUUAAGAUGGGGCUUCAGGAAUAGUGCAAAAAAGUGUACAUGAGAGAAGUUUUGUAAGGAGAUAAAGGUGAGAUAUAGGGGAGAAGAAAAUGAUAAUAGCUACAUAUAAAGAUGUCUUAUAAUACAUUUUCCCAUGGAUAGUAAAAGGUGUCACUAGUUUUCCCAACAUUCCUGUAAGAUUACAGCCCAAAUGAGCCUGGGGCCAAAGAAAGAAGAAAAAGAUUUGUGCAAGAUGAUAAUUACCAGUUAAGUGGAUUCUAAGUCUCAGUCUGAAAAAUCUUCAAACAAAGCAAUGUAUGACUUAGAUUAAAGUAGUUGCAAAUUGCAAUGAAUAUAUUUUUCUUUGCAAGAGCACUAAAACAGCAAGUCAGGCUGAGUAAGCUAUGGUUUCCCUGCUGUUGUUCAGCUCACAGCUGCGGACAUGCUCUUCUACCAGCCAGGAGAUAGUGGGCCUCAUUCAGAUAAGAGAGAAAUCACACAAUUUUCCGAUAAUCUGAAAACUGUGCAUGGGCAGGACCCGUACUGUGCAGGUGCAGUAUGAGUUAUCUCUAGUAUUGGCACUUAUACCUACCCAAUGCUGGGUGCAAGAGAUCCAUCUGCAACAGAUCCGACGGCAUACGCAACUCUGGCUACACACCACGAUGCUGCCACGCAACAAUUCUCUUGCAUGCAUCCGCAUCCUUGCAGUUCCCACACAGACUUAGGGCCUAAUUCAGCCCUGAUAACUGUUGUGCGAAAUCUCACAACGGCUGAUUAUCGAAUGACUGCGCAUGCGUAUUCACUGCAAUGCGCAGGCGCGAGGCCAAACAGCGACAGAAUGGUGCAAACAUUUCUAUCGCUAGGCGUACGCAAGGUGAUUGACGUGUAGAGGGCAUUUGUGGGUGUUGUGGGAGUGUCAGCAAAAAUGCAGGCGUUCCCAAGCGUUUUCUGGGAGGUUGUGUCAGCUCUGGCCCGAACAGCCUGAUUCUAUCGCACUGUAGUAGUAAGUUCUGGGCUAUGCACAGACUGUAAAAAUCAGUGAGUUGCGAACAGAUUUGCAGCUGUCCACUGUCUGGCGACAUUUUCGCACGGUGUACACAUGCAUUCGCACACUUGCACGGGGCGUGUUUUCACUCUCUAUGGGCGAUUACUAUCUGAUCUCAGACCUCUUCAAAUUUGCACAGGAGCGAUCAGGUCUGAAUUAGGCCCUUAGAAUGGCACGGAGGCAUGGGAUGAUGUGUGUACUCGCUAUGCCGCAUGCACGGUUUGAUAAAAUUUACUAGUUGCAGCCGUACACAGAACUGUGUAUGAUCCAGAAAGGGGCCCAAUAUCCCUACCAGAGUUUCCAAUAUUAAAAGUCUAGCUUGUGACAUUCUGAAUCUAGGGGCCUAAUUUCAGACCUGAUCACUAGCAGGCGAUUUUUGCACUGCUGCGAACAGAUAGUCGCCGCCUACAGGGGGAGUGUAUUUUAGCUGUGCAAGUGUGCGAUCGCAUGUGUAGCAGAACCGUACAAACAGAUCUUGUGCAGUCUCUGCACAGCCCAGGACUUACUCAGCCGCUGCGAUCACUUCAGCCUAUCCGGGACCGGAAUUGACGUCAGGAACCCUCCCUGCAAAUGCAUGGAGACGCGGCGCCUGCGUUUUCCCAACCACUCCCAGAAAACGGUCAGUUGCCACACACAAACAGCUUCUUCCUGUCAAUCUCCUUGUGAAUGCCUGUGCGAAUGGAUUCUUCACACAAACCCAUCGCUGAGUGGCGAUCUGCUUUGUACCUGUGCGACGCACCUGCGCAUUGCGGUGCAUACGCAUGCGCAGUUUAGACCUGGUGACCUGCUGUACGAGAACGCAGCCUAGCGAUCAGGUCUGAAUUACCCUCUAUGUUAUAUGCACUACUGGCAAAAAAACAUAAUGGCUUUUAUUUAGGGCUGUCAGGUCUCAUGAAAUAUACUGGCAUUAUGGAAACAAACUCAGUUGCAUCUGUAAAUCUGCAUAAGUGCAGCAUUCAGCAUGCAGGUCAUUUUCUAGAACCUGCCCAGUUUUUCCACUAGGGGACCCCAUUUUUUCACCUCUCGGAGUACUACACAACUUUUAGAUAUUGUGUGGUAGAACUAGGGCAGAGGUUUGCCACCAACCAGUCCAAAUUGAGGUCACAUUUGACCCACGUAUUAUAUAGUUUACCUUGGAUUGAUGACAUAGUAUUCGUCCCCCUCAUUAAUUAACCUAUAGUAAUUUAUAAAACCUGACAAAGAAAUUGUUGAAACUGGUAUUGACUUGUCAGCGCUGCAUACUCUCCCUGAAUUUUGCCUUCCUUCCCUACAUAUCCCCCUUCAAUAUGAGUAGAUCCAGGUGAGUACAGUGAAAUAGGAUGAAUCUGUGUUGGGUUCUUGGUCAUCUAGACAGAAGUUCUGGGGCAGAGCAAAUGUCUACCUAAGGCUGUGAAAGGUGUUUAUCACUAAUAAAGCUUUUAAAGUGAAAGACAGGUUUAAGAGCCACUGUUUCUUCUUAGCCAACCAUGAAGUGACCUCCUCUUGUAUAGAUUCAAGAGCAGAUAGCAGAACCUCACACCAGCUGUGUCCACUUUCUGCUUUGGACAAUAGCAUCAAUAACCUCAUGGGUUUGGAGAAUUUGACAUUCCGAACCAUUUUUUAGUAGUAUUUGUAUUUCAUAUGAUAUACAGGGGUUUUGCUUGUUUAUCUUUCCACUGUCUUGGCGAAUUUGGGUUUGCAGCAUCAAAAUGCUCAAUCAAGAGUGGAAGAAAUAAAUGGACUUGUUUUAUAAUAUUUAAUUUUUUUCCUUAAAAUGAAAGGCAGCUAGUUGUAGCACAGAUCUAAGAAGCUAGAGGAAUCUCUAGUAAACCUGCACCUGUCAGAUAACCUGGCAACCCUACUUUCACUAUAACAAAAUCUUGGCUUUGCCCCUUUAUAAGAGACGUGAAUCUGAAGAUAAUUAUCUGUUCCCACAUUUGGCAGAUUUUGUUACUGAAUUAACUGGCCUCCAUUUAAUAUUUAAUAUAAAACCGUACUUGGGAGAAGACAAAUAAUUCCUGGAUAAAAUGGGUCAGAUUGAUGUCUAUGCCUUUCUUGUCCCCAAAAACUGCACUUCUGAACAUACAUACCCUUGAACCAUAUCUGCUAUGUCUAUGUCAUAUAAACUGAAUAAUUCAUACCUGAUUUUAAAGUUACAGACUGGUAAGCAACGCAUGCUAAUUAUAUACUCCCAGAGAACAUGCACGGCUAAGAUAUAAUGUAAAUGCACAUUUUUUUCCCCAUAAUGCAUUGUUGUUCAUGGCAAAGUUGUAAAUAUUUCUUAUUUAAAAAUAUUUUAGGCCGGGUAGAAUUUAACAACUGCAUUCCAUGGGGAAAAAAACAUGUCUGACAGAGGCCUUGCAAUGUGCUUAUGUGCCCCUGAAAGAUAGAAGGUUAAUGUAAAUAUAUCAUAGUUAUAAAUAAUAAUAUUAAUAUGCACUCAAAAUGUUAAAAUGUGUAAUAUUUUUUUUGUGUGGAAAAGUUUAUAUUUGAAAUGUACAGGGUUAAGCAUUCAUUAGUCAAAUGUUGCUUAGUGUUAAAUCUUCCUUAACUAUUAUUACAAUGGGGGAGAUUUAUCAAAGUUCGGGAAGACAUAAAGUGGGUAGACAUAAAGUACCAACUAAUCAGCUGCUAAUUGUCAUUUAGCAGGCUGUGGUUGAAAAAUGACAGUUAGGAGCUGAUUGGUUGAUACAUUAUCUCUUUCCACUUUAUCUCUCUCCAAGCUUUGAUAAAUCUCCCCCAUGUUCUGUGCCACUUUCAGAUUCAAGUGUAACUGUCUACCUCAAUAUAUUUCAAAUAUCUACAAACUGAAAGAUUUCCUGAGGUAAAUUAAUAUUCAAAACCAUUUUACCAUACAUAUUAC